AUGCAGCAACCACCGAUGAUGCAGCCCGGGCAGAUGCCGCCCAACAUGCCCUCGCCGGAACAGAUCCAGGCCAUGCAACGGCAGCUUGCCAUCGACGCCCAAAAAGCAGGCAUGACCGUUCCCGAGUUCAUCCAGCAGCUGCAGCAAAAGGCGCGUCAGCAAAUGGCUAUGCAGCAAGCAGCGGCCCAACGGGCACAGCAGCAGCAACAAGGCGGCGGCGGCGAGCCGAAUGAAGAUGGCCACAACCACGAUGGCCACGACCACCACAACCAUAACCACCCGCCGCCACAGCUGCAGCAGCAGCAGCAGCAGCAGCAGCCCCAACCUAUCCAGCCCGGCCCGCCGAACCCUGUAGCCAUUGCGCUGGCCAACUUCUUGCGCAGCCAGGACCUCAAGCCGCGCACCGUCAUCCUCAACGGCGAGCGCAAAGAAAUGUUCCGCGUGAAGCGCGCGCUGCGCGCUAUCCAGUCGCCGGCCUACGAAAAGGCGCGCAAGAAGACACCCGGUCUGCCCGAGGUUACGGAUCGUGCGUCGCUCGAGAACACGUUCAAGCUGCUUCCGCUGUCGAUGCUGGCGCUGCGCGUCAACAAGGCGGCCGACGAGCACGAGGGCCACAACCACGGCGCCGACGAAAAGAAGAAGAAGAAGGUGAAGCGUGUCAAGGGCCAGUGGACUGUGAACAUUGAGCGGCAGCAGGACGCGGGCGACGACAUGUACUACGUGUGGCUCUAUGAGGGCUCGCAGGUGAUGCGCAAGGUCUACGCCGGCCUGGCACUGCUGGCCAUCUUUGCCGUCGUGCUGUACCCGCUGUGGCCGCUGCGCAUGCGCCAAGGCGUCUACUACCUGAGCUGGGGCUUCCUCGGCCUGCUGGGCCUGUUCUUCUUGAUGGCCAUCUUCCGUGUGAUUUUGUUCUGCAUCACCUACUUUGUGCUGCCGCCCGGCCUGUGGCUGUACCCGAACCUAUGGGAGGACGUUUCUUUCAUGGACAGUUUCCGCCCCGUAUGGGCAUGGCAUGAUCCCAACCCGAAGAAGAAGAAGAAGGCCAACAAGGCGAGUUCGGCGAGCGCCGGCCAGGCCCACUUUGCCGGUACGACCGGUCAGCCGGCGCCGGCCACGGCCACGACGACUGGCACCGACACCCAGAUCAACGCGGCACCGGCGCAACGGACAGCCUAUAAGUCACCACAAGUCGAGGAGGUGGACGAUGACGAGGAGUAG